ACACAAAUAUCACCCCCUGGGCUUUCUUUUCUAUUCACAAAAUUUGGGGGCUUUCUCUCUCUCCUUGGGCGCAAGAACACCAUCGCUACAGCAGCGCGAGCAAGGGUCAUGUCUGGGCGAUCUUACAUGCACUACUCGCCAUCGUCCGCAUCCACUGGCAGCCUCUCGCCUCAAAUCGGCGGCCUUGGAAGAUCUCCCAACGCGCUGCUGGAGCAUGACAAGUACUUCACAGAGUUACUUAUGGAACAAGAAAGUCUGCGACCUUUCAUGAUGGUUCUUCCUCACUGCAGCUUCCUACUUAAUCAGGAGAUUCUUCGAGUUUCUAAACUCAUAGGCCAGUCACAACUUCUAGAACAGGACACUUUGGACAUGGGAAGCCCCCUGGGGUUGAUUUCUAAUGGAGGAAGCAGAGAUUUAAAUGCUUGGGCUGCCAUGCAGCACGAGAGGACUGUCUUACCUCUCUGGCAUGGCAGCCCUGCCGGUUCGCCUGGACCGAUUAUAAAGAAGACCUUGCGAAUCGAGAUUCCUACCGAUGAUUAUCCUAACUUUAACUUUGUGGGCCGCCUUCUUGGGCCGAGAGGACUGUCGCUGAAGCGUGUCGAGAACGAGACCGGGUGCCGCGUGAUGAUAAGAGGGCGAGGGUCGAUCAAGGACGCAGCAAAGGAGGAGAAGAUGAGGGACAAGCCUGGCUACGAGCACUUGAACGAGCCAUUGCACGUCCUCGUGGAGGCGGAGCUUCCGGCCAACCAGAUCGACACGCACUUGCAAUACGCGCAGGAGAUAAUUGAAGACGUGCUUCGGCCACCUCCGUUUCCGUGACUGCUGUCCACAGGACGAGUCUGUGGACGCCGUGAAGAAGGCGCAACUCCGGGAGCUGGCGAUGCUAAACGGUACACUACGAGAGGAUAGUCCAUACUUGACAGGUUCGCUGACUUCAUUCAACAAUCCCGGCAUGAAGAGACCGAAAAUUCGAAGAUGACGAGGUGACUCUUUGGUAUAUAGCUAGGAAGGAGAGAGAAAGAAGUACUAGGGAAUGAGCGACGUUACUUUCUCGUACGUGGUGGAGGGGUUUUUGCAGAUCCAAUAAAGUGGGAUGAACUCGCUGGACCUCUUGGGGGAUGCAUCCUUGGAUUGGCACGGUAGGAUUCAUCUAGUGCUCAGGAGGAGUUUGCAUCCUUGCUGUGUUCAUCCCGCUCCACACUUGAAGAGUAUAGCUGGGUACGUGAGAAGUUUGCGAAGUUUUUAAGGAUAGCCAAGAAAACAGGAGUUGGCUUUCGUUUUGGUUUGAAGAUAUUUCGGUACCUUUUUUAACAGCGAGCUUAGCCGAGAGAGAAGAAUGAAGAAGAAUUAAUUAGCCCAGAGAUGAAGAUGACGAAGAAGGGGAAAAAGGACGAGUGUGUAAGCGUGUGUGUGUGUAGUGUUGACCUUUUUGUGGGAAAAAGAAGAUUCCAAAAGUGUUUGAUUCCUGGAUUCGCUCCAGAUUGAUUGA